AAUGGAUAAUUCUGGUUUACUACAAAACUCGUUGGAAAUUAAGGAAUAUUUAAGAGACAUUGACGCCGGUUCGAACAAGGACGAAUGGAAAGAUCUUAUAGGAUUAUGCGAUAACGAUGAUACUGGAUAUUCUUCCCCCUCUACCGAUAUUUUAUCAGCAGCUAUAAAGAAAUCUGGAAUAACUAAACCAAAGAAAACAGGUAAAUGCGUUACGAAAAGGUAUACCAGAUCUUCUUCUUUUUCAGAUUCGAAUCGUCCUGAUAUGAGCUACAAGGAGAUGGUCGCGAAAAUUCUACUUAAAAGCGAGAAGGGUCAACUAUCCUUGAAGGAGAUAACUGAACAAGUAGCGAAAGAUUAUGAAUAUUAUGCAAAGUCGAAAUCGAAUUGGCCAAGUUCCAUCCGUCAUACGUUGUCCGUUGCUGAUUGUUUCGUCAAAGCCGGAAGAGCUAAGGGAGGACGAGGUUUUAUGUGGAAAAUCGCCGAACCUUACGUCAAAUUCUUUAAAGAAGGUGACUUUGAUAUGAAGAAUAUUUCCCUUAGUAUUCUACCAAUUAGUACAUCUACACCAAAAAAUGAAAUUACAAACAAUGCGAUAAAGAGAGAAGAAUCCCAACAUCAUCAACCGAUACAAUCGCCAAACUUCCUCCAGAACGUUGCAUCGCCUCAAUCCGAUUAUUUUCAACCACCAUCUGUCGCUAGUUACACUUCAGAUGUUCCAGAAAUAAUUGAAUCGUUCGAUUCUCUUAUUCCACCAAUUGAGAGCGACUUAUCAACGAGUUCAAAUGAUGGUUUAUCUUUGUAUAACAACCUACAAAAUCAUUAUCAAGACCAAAGUAAUCAACCUCAAAGCUAUACGUAUUCUGCUCUUAUGUCUGCUGUUGACAACUACUCCCUCGACAAUACUUCAGGAGUAUAUCACGACUGCAUGUACCAAAUUCAGCAAUAG